CGGCUCAACCCCCCGGUAGGUGUAGCUCCCCAUGUUCGAACCGACCCGACAAAGUGUUGGAAAACCGUUCUGACCUCGCCCGAGUGUUGUACCUCAAACAACCAUAAAUGGCCAGCAGAGGGUUUCCUUUACGUAGUACCUGAGAGGAGAGCCUUCCGCUGCUGCUUCUUCUUCGGACGCGCUUCAAGUUUUCCUAUUUUUGUCUCCUACAUAUGGCCGGCCACCGAUAUUCCCUAUUAUAAUCCCUAUUUCCCAAUAUAUCCCCGGUACUUCAAAAUUUAAAAAUCUUCCUAAACCUUCCAUUUUCCCCAGAUCAUCGUUUCCAAAUUCUCGCUUUAAAAUAUUUGUUUCCUCACCUAGGGUUUCGAUCCUCAGAUCCUUAAUCCUCAACUUCUUUGGGUAGCCCUAUUUUCGCUUCUUUUCAUCCGAUUUCCCGCUUUUCUGAAGCAAACUAGGGUUUUCAUUUUUUCGCAGUCGGUUGUUUAAUUUAUUUCUAUUUGGAGAGUUGGAUUUCAAUCUAGGGGCUUUGAAUGUUGUUCCCGAGGGUUUUUCUUUUCGGUGGAAAUUUUUGGCUUUGACAAGUUUGGGAGAAGAGAAGGUCAACGUGUUGAGUGCUGGGGAAGGGUGUGGUUUGACCCUGCAUUUGUUGCUAUAAACUGGAGCUGUAAAGAUGUUGGCUCUGAAUGGUAAUGGGUUCAAUAACAUAAGUUGUUCCUUUCAUUUGGCUGAAUGGCAUCCGUUACAAUAACCAAGCUGAUUCGGGCUUGGAGCCCUCUCCUCCUCCUGUAAAUCAGGUGUUGGGAUAUAUUUGUUGAGUUGCUCAUAAUUAAAGUAACUACUUCAAGGUUCAAGUUUCUCAUGCUGAGUAAGAUUAUUGCCAGAAUGAUAGGCUGCUGCGGUUGCUUUGGCUUUGGUUUUAGCAGAAGGCCCAAACGACAACCAAGGCCAACUUCAGGCUUCAAUAAUAACCAUUCCCUGGAUUUGUUGUUGGAUGAAGAUAUUGAAGAAGAUGAUGAUUGUUCAUACAAUGGUGAAGUUACCGAUACCACUCAUGGAGAUGAUGGUGAGUUGCACAGCCGCACCAAACAUUCUGAAGAGAUUUUAAGGUUCAGAGAACAAAAUGGAAUGGUUUGCAGGCAAUUUCCUGUCAAGGAAACUCGUAAAGUUGUUCGCACAGAGGAUGAAAAUGGCAAUAAGAUGGUCAAUGAGUAUGUUCGUGAGUAUAAGAUUGGUGCUGGUAGCUAUGGGAAAGUGGUUUUAUAUCGAAGCAGUGUAGACGGAGAGCAUUAUGCAAUUAAGGCCUUUCAUAAGUCUCAUUUGUUAAAGCUACGAGUUGCACCCUCAGAGACUGCUAUGACUGAUGUGUUUCGCGAGGUUCUUAUUAUGAAAAUGUUGGAUCAUCCUAAUAUAGUCAAUCUCAUCGAGGUGAUUGAUGACCCAAACACUGAUCACUUCUACAUGGUUCUUGAAUAUGUGGAGGGCAAAUGGGUUUGUGAGGGUUCAGGUCCGCCAGGUGGCUUGGGAGAAGCCACAGCAAAAAAGUACUUGCGGGAUAUAGUUUCGGGGCUUAUGUACCUCCAUGCUCAUAAUAUUGUGCAUGGGGAUAUUAAACCUGAUAAUUUGUUGGUUACUCGCAACGGUACAGUUAAGAUUGGGGAUUUCAGUGUCAGCCAGGUAUUUGAGGAUGAUAAUGAUGAGCUCCGUCGCUCCCCUGGGACUCCUGUUUUCACUGCCCCCGAGUGCUGUCUUGGUCUAACCUAUCACGGCAAAGCUGCAGACACGUGGGCCGUGGGAGUUACUUUGUACUGUAUGAUUCUGGGUCAAUAUCCAUUUCUCGGGGAGACCCUGCAGGAUACAUAUGAGAAGAUUGUAAAUAACCCCUUGGUUCUCCCGGAUGAUAUGAACCCAGAGCUGAAGAACUUGCUAGAGGGGCUUCUUUGCAAAGAACCAAACAGGAGAAUGACAUUGAAGGGUGUUGGGGAGCAUAGCUGGGUUGUUGGGGAAGAUGGGCCAAUUCCUCAGCAUUCAUGUUGGUGCAAACGUAAGAGGCCGCAGAGGGAAGAAACCGAUGGGAGCAAUAAUGAUACUCACAUAACCCCUACUGACUAAAUUGUUUUCUUAGGUUUUGUAAAGUAGAACAGCUAUUUUCUUUUUCUCCUUGUUGACGCGUCAAUCUGACUGGAAAGGAGGCAAAUCAUGACGUGCCGUUUCAAGGAAAAGUUUCUGGAGUAGAUAAAAGCCCAAAAGUGAGUUGGUGAUUAGGAUUUUAGUGCUUGUGAAUUGGGGAUUUUGUCAUGAUGUGAAGAGAACCAGUCCUGCAUCUCAAAUAUUGUUUUUGAGUGAUUUGAUUGAGAAACUCAUUUCAUAUUGUAGGAUAUAUGAAACGGUAUUCAGAAUUGAGUAAUGAGUCUCAACUUAGAUAGGAUCAAUGUUUAAUUGGGCUUCAGAGUA